GCCCGCGUGUGUGUCUGGGCUCCGGUGUGGACGGGAGCAAGCAGGUAGAGGCGCAACAGGGGGUUGACUUACUCUGAGUGAGACAAGCUAAUACCCUGGCCAGUGGGGAUGAUGGGUGAUGGGGAAGAUAGGUUCCAGGGCUGCUUUCAGUGCCCACCCUCCGGCCCCAGAACAGCAGACCAUCAGUCCAUUCUAAUUUCCCCCCAUCACCCUCCCCUCCCAGCCAGUGCUGUAGCUCACACGCCACUAGGGGCCACGCUUCCAGAAAAGGAGCUGCCUUAGCUCCCUCCCCAAACCCCCCCUCCUUUUUGUCCCCCCCCCCUCCCCAUAACCUCCUUCUCUCCCAACACAUCUCCGCUAUAAACCGAGAAGACGGAGUAUUUUCAGUGCAGAGCUCAAGUAGCCCAAGCCUGGAGCUGAGGGGAGUCGCACCAGCCUCCAACACCCAACCAUCUGCCUGCGAACCCAGGAAUCCUGGAGCCUGUGGAGCUCUGGGGCGCUCAGUCCAACCGCGGGGCCCCUGGAAUACCAUUCCCUUGGGGACCAAGACUGUCCGGAACAAGAUGUCUAAACUGUAAACCCCGGAGGACAAAAGGAAUGAGACCAUGGAUCCACUAUACUCUCUGUCAGCUGGUGGACUGGAUGGCAAUCUUCAAGGAGCAAAUUUUUCCCCUGCUUUCAAUAGCAGUGAGAAUAAAACAAUAUUCAUUUUGCCUCCUGUGUCUGCUGUUCGCACAGUUAUCAUCCCCAUCAUCUACCUCCUUGUCUGCAUGAUUGGACUCAGUGGCAAUGCACUGGUCAUUUAUGUGGUCCUGAGGUAUGCUAAGAUGAAGACUGUCACCAAUAUCUACAUCCUCAAUUUAGCUGUAGCUGAUGUCCUCUUCAUGCUGGGCCUGCCAUUCAUUGCCACACAAAAUGCCAUCUCCUACUGGCCCUUUGGCACCUUUCUAUGCAGGCUUGUGAUGACGGUGGAUGGCAUUAAUCAGUUUACCAGUAUUUUCUGUCUUACUGUCAUGAGCAUGGAUCGGUACCUGGCUGUAGUCCACCCCAUCAAGUCUACUAAGUGGCGUCGCCCGAGGAUAGCUAGGCUUAUCAGUGCUGCUGUGUGGACCUUCUCAUUACUAAUGUCCCUUCCCGUCAUCAUAUUUGCUGAUGUCCAGGAAGAUUGGAAUACUUGCAACAUCAGCUGGCCUGAACCAGUAAAUAUCUGGGGGGCAGUCUUCAUCAUCUACACCUCUGUCCUAGGGUUCUUUGGACCCUUGCUGGUAAUCUGCCUCUGCUAUUUGCUCAUUGUGAUCAAGGUCAAGUCUUCAGGGGUCCGAGUGGGUUCCACCCGGCGGAGGAGGUCAGAGAGGAAAGUGACCAGGAUGGUGGUCAUCAUUGUUGUUGUCUUUGUGUUUUGCUGGCUGCCAUUUUUCACCCUGAACAUUGUCAAUCUGGUUUUUAUUCUGCCUGAAGAGGCUGCCUCUGCAGGAGUAUAUUUCUUUGUGGUGGUCCUCUCUUACGCCAAUAGUUGUGCCAACCCCAUCCUGUAUGGGUUCCUGUCUGACAACUUCAAGCAGAGCUUUCAGAAGGUCCUGUGCCUCCGAAAAGGCUAUGGGGUUGAAGAUGGUGACCCCACUGACCACAGGCUGGAGAAGAGCAGCCGCCUGCAGGAAGCCAUGCUCUCCUCAAGAAAUACAGAAUUCAACGGCCAUAUGCAAACAAGCAAGGUGUAAAGAAGCUCCUCCAGGAAUUGUAAAGAUGACAGCUUUCUGGGAUGAAGAUCCCAAGAACCCUGCAUAGGAGUUAAAACAGGAGAACUCCAAAACCCCAGAUAUAGAGAAUCUCCACACUCCACGUACUGCCAAGUAUAAAGACUAAGUUUGUGGGAUUAUAGGGUCCUUAUUGAGAAUGGAUAAUGGGGAAGAGACAAAACUCUCAUCAAAGCUAUUUAUUGUGCACUGCCAGUCUUGUCACCAUGAUGUAUUUCAAAAUUCAUCUGUUGCUUAAACAUUGCUUCCUCAGAAGUUUCUAUUUUGUAAAAGUAUAGAUCUGGCAUGAUACCUACUAAUAGUAAUCACUGCAUUGUUUUGAAAGACUUGAGGGAGGGAAAGUGAAGAUUUCUAAUUCUCACAGAGAUUUCCCCUCACCUUCCACAUCUGCCAUGUUUAGUGAAUUUAUGACUUUGGACAAGUCUCUGGGUCUUUGUUUUCUUUUGUAAAAUGAGAAGGUUGGACUGACUGAUCUUUAGGGUCCCUUCUACCUUUAAAUUUGAUGCUGCUAUUCCCAGGAAAGCUGAUAGUCUUUGGGAUGAUUGGGAAGGGAAUUUGGUAGACAGCCUCUGCCAUUCCCAAUUUCAAAUAAAUCUGUGUGCAGAGAAUUAGGUGGUACAGGUGUUGGCAUGGAUGCAUGCAAACUUUAGCUAAGAUGUGGAUCCUUGUUCUUAUGGAGUCAUGGGAUUUAAGCACCCACUCCAUUCUCCUUAGGAAUGGAAGGAAUUUGAGGGCCCACUUUUGUGCGUCAUGUGGUCAGUCGCUUUUUGAACCCUCGUGAAGACAAGUACCAAGCCAGAUAUUGGGUAGUUUCCUGAAGAAUCAAACUCUGGCAAAUCUUUCCUUGAUUCUUUGUUUGUGCCACCCCCUCUCCUUUUUUUCCUUUUGAAGAAUUGGGAGGGUGGAAAUCUAGAUACCAAAUAUGACUUGUUUCAAAAAUAACACUUGAUGGGGAACAGAAACAAACAAAUCGAUGACCUCUUAAGCAAUGUUUUUAAUAAAGCUGUUGGGUACAUUAGAAUGUUUGCUGAUAACCCUCAGUGACAUCAAAUAUUGAUUGUUGUCCAAUUGACAAGCUGCUGUCACAUGAGCCUUGUGUCUGCUUCAGUUCUGUAUUGUAGAAACUGGAAUUAAAAAGCUAUUUCAUGAAAUCAAAAA